GUGAAGUUUUGCAGCCGGCAGUGCUCGCCGGAGUUUCCACCUCCGCCGCCGGCUUCAGCCUUCAAAAUCUACGUAGAUAACAGAGCAUCUCACAUGUUGCACUUCUGCAAUGCCCUCUCUCCCAUCCCAAGCUCGCAUUUUCGCAAUCAAAUCCAGCUCUAGAACCGACAAGAAGAACCUCAAGCGCCCUUGCUUGGUCCAGAAACUUGUUGAUCUCUGUUCGCAGGGCCACCUGAAACAAGCUGUUGAUUCGCUGGGCUUGUUAGCUCGAAAAGGCCUGCGUUUAGACUCCAACACUCUCGCUUUUCUCUUACAACAGUGUGCCAGCUCGAAAUCCAUUAAGCUAGGCAAAUGGCUUCAUCUCCAUCUCAACCUUACGGGUUUAAAACAUCCAAAUACGUUCCUUGCGAACCAUUUGAUCAAUAUGUAUAGCAAGUGCGGGGAUCACGUCGAAGCACGUAAGAUAUUCGAUAAAAUGACUACAAAAAAUAUGUAUUCUUGGAACAGCAUGCUCUCUGGAUAUGCCAAGCUAGGGAUGGCUAAGCCUGCCCGAAGGUUGUUCGAGAAAAUGCCUCAGAAGGACAUCGUUUCAUGGAAUAUAAUGGUCAUUGCUUAUGCACAGAGUGGGCACAUCUAUGAAGCUCUGAGAUUCUAUAGGGAGUCAAGGGCAUCGAAUGUUGGGUUCAACGAGUACACCUUUGCUGGUGUUAUUACAGUUUGUGUUAAGGCAAAGGAGCUGAUUCUGACGAGGCAAGUUCAUUGCCAGGUAUUAGUUGCCGGAUUUUUAUCAAAUUUGGUCCUUUCUAGCUCGAUUCUUGGUGCAUAUGCUAUGUGUGAAGAGAUGGGAGAUGCUAGGAGGUUGUUUGAUGCAAUGAGAACUAGGGAUGUUCUUACUUGGACCACUCUGGUUUCUGGAUAUGCAAAGUGGGGUGACAUGAAAUCAGCAAGAGAAUUGUUCAACAUGAUGCCUGAGAAGAACCCUGUGUCCUGGACUGCUUUAAUUGCUGGUUAUGCACGAAACGCCUGUGGUAAUGAGACUGUUAUCUUACUUGCAGAGAUGAUUAAGCAUCAAGUUAAGCCUAACCAGUUUACUUUUAGCAGUUGCUUAUCUGCUUGUGCCAGUAUACCAUCACUUGUGCUUGGUAAACAAAUUCAUGCACUUUUGAUCGUAACAGGGUUCAGACCUAAUAAUACCAUUCUAUUAAGGUCUCUCAUUGAGAUGUAUUCAAACUCUGGGAGCUUUGAAGAUGAGAAGAAGGUAUUCAAUAUUUUGGAUAGGAAGCAAAAUGUGGUAUCAUAAUUCAUAGCACAACAUGGUUAUUGGUGAGGAUGAAAUCCAGAUGUUCUAAUCCGGUGUAAAACCAGCCAUGCUUCAUGAUAUUGUUCCUGAUGAAGAGCCAGACAUUUUGGUGAAGUUAUAUAUCAGAUUAGAAAGAUGCAUUUCAGACCUGAUGGUCAUUUUUGGAACGCAGUACCUGAUAUGUGUAGGACUCACAAUAAUGUUAAGUAGAAUAGCAACUAAACAUCUUGUGUUAUUGUCGAGUAUAUACCCUUCCCUUGAAGAGGAAUGGACAAUGCUUAUGAAUGAGAGAUGUAAAGAAAGAUCCGGCCUGUAGUUGGUUAGCAAUUGACAGAAAGUAGACUACAUCCAUCCACCAUAUGUAAUAAGCCAAACCUUUUGUAAUGGAUACAUACAAGGUAAAACCUUUUUCUUUGUUUUCUGCAGAAA